GCAUCAGUGAAAAAAAGAUUUGAACAAAUAACUAACUACAAUGAACAAUUUGGAUUCUUGUACAGAAUUGGUCAGUUGAAAAAUAUGAGGGAAGAUGAGUUAUUUAAACAUUGUCAAGAUUUAAAAAUGACACUAACAGAUAAUGAAUCCAGAGAUAUCGAAGCAGCUGAUUUAUGCAAUGAAUUGAUAAUUUUUCGCACCAUGGUAAACGAAAAUACUACUGCCCUUCAAGCUCUUGAGAUUCUUAAAACAUCUUGUAGUUCAUUUCCUAAUAUAAACAUUGCACUUAGAAUCCUGUUGACUAUUCCUGUGGCCUCUGCAGGUGCAGAAAGAGCUUUUUCGAAAUUGAAAAUCAUAAAAAACUAUCUUCGCAGUACCAUUUCUCAAGACAGACUUUCUGGACUAGCGACGCUUUCAAUUGAAAAUGAAUUAGCAGAAACAUUAGAUUACAGCCAACUUAUCGACCAAUUUGCGCAUCAAAAAGCCAGAAAAAAAAAUUUUAUUUAG